UACGAACUGAGCAGUCGCGUCAGUUACAUACAAAUAAAAUCUAAUUAGAUAUUGACGUCAGUUAUGUGGCACGAUACAGAAACCGGCAGGGCCGAAAGGUCCAACGCUGGCUCUGAACUGGCCGUGUUGGAUGAGCAACCCAUGGUGAAUGGAACACCUGACAUGCCGAACAUUGCUAACUUAAGUGUGACAAGAUCGUCUCGUGUUCAUUUCGGGCCCAAAAUAGUGAAUGUGACUCAAACAGUUCACACCAGUGAAGUAGUCAAAGGCCGUAUUCUAGGCCUGGAGCUGGUGUCACCCAACUCCGCCCCCCGCCUUCGAUGUAGCGUUGCGGUGUUCGUGUGCUGGGCCGCACUAGUCGCCUCUGCUCUUGCCUUCUGCAUCUUCUAUUUUGCAUUAUACAAACACCAAACUCGUCUUGACAUAGAUUUACCUCUCUCGACGUACUUAUGCAAUUUUCUAAAAAGCACCACCCGAGCUGAAAGGUUGUCUUGUGUGGCAUCAUUAGUGGCUCUAGUCAUAUGCAUCGGUCUUAUCGCCUAUUACUCAAGUAGCGGCAAAAAUAUUGAAGCAGAUACUGUUGAUGUAGCACCGCAUGAAUGGAACAUUACCAAAGAAAUGUGGCUUGGACAAGCAUAUAACUACACGGAAACAACACAGCAGUUUGAACCCAUACGACUGGUCAUCAUCCAGCACACAGUCAGUCCGGAGUGUCAUAAAUUCGUCCGUUGUGCAGCCGAGUUAAGAAACAUUCAGGGUUGGUACCUGAGAGAUCACGAAUAUGAUAUACCGUAUAACUUCCUUGUUGGUAACGAUGGCCGCAUAUAUGAAGGAAGAGGUUGGGGCAUAGUAGGUGCACACACUAGGUUUUACAACCGGUGUUCCUUGGGCCUCGGCUUUAUAGGUGACUACCGUGAAAAAGGAGGUGUCCAGCAUACCAAAGUAACGCAGUUACAGAUCAACAGAACUUUAAUGUUCCUAGAAACGUCUGUGGAACAGGGUCUACUCGACCCUGACUAUGUAGUUUUGGCAGCAAAGGACUUACAGAGCACAGAGAGUCCCGGUGCCAAUUUAUACAAAGCUAUGCAACAAUGGAGACAUUUUAAUAACGGCAGUGAAUAUAAGAAUAAAACUUGCGAAGCAAUUUGGGCGAUGAGGGGCGAAUAAAGUUAAUUUUUUAACGCUAUUAUUAUAGUUAAUUGUAUCAAUUAAUGCAAUGUAAUGUAGCCAUACGUCAUGCUUGAAGGAUGGUAUGAUUCAGUGUACUUACUGGCUUACAGAGGCAUUAUAUCCUUUUUAAUAACAACAACGCAUGAAGGGUGAAAGUAUUAGCAGUCCAAAUUAUGAGUCCAUGCAGAUAUUUCAGAUAUGUAAAGGUUGGCUGCCGUUUCACAGCCAUAUAAAUUUCUAUCAUUUGGAUACAGUAAGUUUUUAUCUAAACUUACUUCAUUUAUUGUUUAUUACGAAAAUGUUGAAUGAAUUGAACCUACUUUAUAACUGAAACUCGCAAUGGACUGUGUUUUUUUUUAUACGUUAGAGUUUUAUGUGUGUACAUAAACUUAAAUAAUAUAGUUAAGUUUUUUUACUACAACCGUCGUUUGAGUGUUGGAUAGUAAUAGUUUUAAACAGAACUAACAUUUCUUAUAUUAUGUAUUUGUUAUAUUAUCUGUACUUAUAUUUUUAGACGAAUUUUUCUAUAACUUUUUUUAAAGUAAUAAUAAGUAGAAAGUUAGAAAAAGUAUACUAGAAGCGGUCACCAAAUAAUCUUAUUUUUGAAGAGAUGAGAUGUAAUUUCUUUUUUAAGUAAAUAAUUAUUAAGAGCAAGCUAAAAACGGUUAUUCAUGUAUUUUAUUUUAAUUUUGAACACAUGAUGUGUUGUUACUUAUUUUUAAUAUUCUGUGAAUAUAAAUUGUAUGUAUAUUUGAGAUGUAACAUAUUAUAGACAUAAUAAAAACAAAAAAAAAAAGUAAUUUUUAAUUACACUUUUUUACAUUUCAGUAAGCGUUUGAUAAAGAAAAUGAUGGUAUGUAGACAUGGGUAGGUAUACUGUUUAUCUCAUAGACUAAACUGACAGGUGUAAAUAUUUAAUUUUCAAAUAAUCAAGAAUAUCAAAACAUGGAGACAUGGCUGAAAGAGCGCAGUUUCUUUGCCUUUCCGUUAAAGGGUAAACAAAAAAAUCAUAAUAACUGUAGUGUUUUAGUGCUGUACCGAUGAAACUGAUAUGUAGAACCUUUAUUUAAAUUUUUUUUUAAGUUAUCACAACAUAUUAUUAAAACAUCUGCAUACACUAGUAUCUCAAUUGUAGUUUUUGUAUAAAACAACACAAGAAUAUUGAUGAAUAAUAAUGAUAAUAAGAACAUUAUGGUUUCGUUCGUGGUUUACUGAAAUUUAUGUACACUACGUUUUAAAUAAAUAUCCACACAUUGUUUCCGUAAAACCAAUAACAAUCAGUAAUUAAUAUCAAUUUCUGAUAGUGGCACAACACUACUUAAGAAUUGCAAAAACACAACAUGAGUAAUGUCAAUUUUGUGUUAGAGAUAAAAAAUCAGACUAUAGAGUAAUUGUUAAUUACUUAUUUUUGGCGGAUGCACUUUGUGCUAAGUCAUUUAAAAAAACUAUAUAUGUUAGGUUAAUAGAAGAGUUAAGCGAGUGAAGCUUAGUUAAAUUCGCUAUGUUAUAAUUUUACACUUAUACAAGUUGUUUAGGUAUAAUUUUACACCUA